CUAGAGGAAUCCAUUGUGAUGAAGCUGAGUCUUACCAAGAUAGUUAAUGGCUGUCGCCUAGGGAAAAUACAAAACCUGGGCAAAACAGGGGACCUCACCAUGGAUAUCCCGGGGUGCCUUCUGUACACCAAGACCGGCUCUGCUCCUCACCUCACGCAUCACACACUGCAUAAUGUCCACGGGGUUCCCGCCAUGGCUCAGCUUACACUGUCAUCCCUGGCAGAGCAUCAUGAAGUCUUGGCAGAAUACAAGGAAGGAGUUGGAAAGUUUAUAGGUAUGCCAGAAUCACUGUUAUACUGCUCCCUGCAUGAUCCAGUCAGCCCCUGCCCAGCUGGAUAUGUCACAAACAAGUCAGUGUCUGUGUGGGGUGUUGGAGGACGAGUGGAAAUGACUGCUGCCAAGUUCAUGGCAAUCCAGGAGGCCCUUCAACCAGAUUGGUUCCAGUGUCUCUCCGAUGGAGAAGCAACCUGUGAAGAGGUCACUUCCUUGAAAAGGACCAGGAAGUCUGUUGACCGAUCCCUUCUGUUUCUGGAUAGCUGCCUGCGACUGCAGGAAAAGUCAGAGGUUCUUCAGAAAAGUCUGAUCAUCGGGGUGAUUGAAGGUGGAGAUGUUUUGGAGGAAAGGCUGAGGUCGGCAAGAGAGACAGCCAAACGGCCUGUGGGUGGCUUCCUUCUGGAUGGCUUUCAAGGGAAUCCAGCCACCCUGGAGACAAGAUUGCACCUGCUGUCAUCCGUCACUGCUGAGCUGCCGGACAACAAACCCAGGCUCAUCUCUGGGGUUAGUCGGCCAGAUGAGGUGCUCGAGUGUAUUGAAAGAGGAGUGGACUUAUUUGAGAGCUUUUUUCCUUAUCAGGUGACGGAGCGGGGCUGUGCCUUAACUUUCAGCUUUGAUUACGAGCCAAAUCCUGAAGAAACAUUGUUACAGCAGAAUGGGAUUCAAGUAGACAUAAAAUAUGUGGACCAAACAAAGAAAAUUAAAACAAGUAAUUGCAACCAAGAAAUGACAUCAUUUGAAAUUAACCUGAAGGAAAAAAAGUACCAGGAGGACUUUAACCCACUAGUGAGAGGAUGUUCCUGUUACUGCUGUAAGAACCACACCCGUGCAUACAUCCACCAUCUACUAGUGACCAAUGAGCUGCUAGCUGGAGUCUUGCUUAUGAUGCACAACUUUGAACACUAUUUUGGAUUUUUCCAGUCCAUCCGUGAAGCACUAAGAAGCGAUAAACUGGGACAAUUGAAAGAGCUCAUCUGUAGGCAAGCUCCUUGAAACCUCAGAAAUACAAAUCUGACUCUUCACGUGAAGCCUGUAGCACCAUUACAGCAUGGGAAGAAGUGAAGAAAUUGUUUUAGUUUUAACCAUUCAUCUAUGAGACUAAGACUUGUUGAAAUGAAGAGCAUCUGAACCACAUUUGAUGUGUCCACAUAAGAUUAAAGAGAUGUCUUCUAAGGACCUAUUUUGUGGAUUGGUGUUAUGGCAUAGCAGGUACAGUAGCCACCUGCAGCACCAGCAUCUUAUAUGGGUGUUGUUCCAAAUCCUGGCUGCUCCUCUUCCCAGCUAGCUCCCAGCUAAUAUACCUGGGAAAGCAGUGGAAGUGUUUGGGCUCCUGCACCAAUGUUGGACACCCAGAAGAAGCUUCUGGCUCCUGGCUUCAGAUCAGCCUAGCUCUUGCUGUUACAGUCAUUCAGAAAGUGACUGGAAGAUCUCUCCCUUUCUCUCUCUGCCUGUAUAACUCUGUCUUUCAAAUA